CGGGGACUUACAGUCUCUCCUUGCCUGGCCGACUGUUCAUCUCGCAGGUCGCAAGCCUCUGCCGACUUCGCCACAGGAUACCAAAAUAUAAAAACCACUAGCUGGCUGAUCGUGUCCGUGUGGAUGUACAAGAUAUAUUUCUGCUGAAUAGAUGGCACGAUGAGUGUGACGCUUACGGUGCCCGGCGGCGCAGCGGCGUGCGGCAGCGCCGAGAUGACACACGAGGAGCGCGUGGCCGCGUUCAAGAGCGACCCUCAGCUGAUGGAAGCCGCGUCCAAGUUCGUUGCCGACGUGCUUGAGAAGGCCAAAGAGGAGGCCACCAGGAGGGCGCACCAAGCAAAGGUGGAGCGGCAAGAGAUGGAAAGUGGUGGUUCACGGCGAGUGAAGCGGACAGGGCCGUGGCACACGAGAGCAAGAGGCUUCGUCGCCAGACUAUUCGCGGCUAUCUGCGGCUGCAACUCAGCCACCGACGUCAAAGCAUAAGCUGGCCCUCCGCUGUCAACCCAGCGAGACAAUAACCUGUCUAAAAUCGCGACCAAGCCUCAAACCUCCCUCGCGAAUUCAUCGUAUCAACGCACGUUUCAUAUCCUCCGGAAUGUUACCCAAAUAACCGCGGAGACCUCGGAAAUCCUGGUAUCACGAAAUUGCUUUCCAGCUGGAUGUGAGGGCAAUUUUGCCUCCAUUUAGCCAGAGUGUUUCACGGUUUCUGCCAAUAUGAAUGGUCGCGAAUAAUUUUUCGAUAGCUGGUAGGACCGAUCACCUGUUACCAACGUACAUCAAGCAAGCAAAAGCGCCAGUACUUAAAAUGAGGAAACUUCACGAAGAAAAUACCAUACUAGGGCAGCACAUUUAAUAAGCUUGUUUUAAAAUAUACACGCUUCUGCGUGACUCGGAUCUUCAAAAAGAUCCUUCAGCCCUUCUUCGUGGGAAAUGUGACAGUUGUGCCCCAGGCAGCCAGAGGAGAAGUGGUCAAGAAGAGCGGUUUGAAAAAAGAAGCUGCGAAGAGUGGCGGCUGCUGUCUUUAGCCGAUUUUUUUCUGGGUGCCAGCGGUGCUAGUGUUGCAGCUUGAAGAAGUGUGUAGCUCAUGCGAGGUGACAAAAACGUGUUACCCUACUAUGGACUAUGCUGAGUGUACCGCGGUUGAUCGUAGAAAGUAAAUUUUUCGCCUGUCACUUUUCACUCAAACCCUUAUAUACCUGUGGUGAAAUGUCGUAUGUGAUACCAAAAAUAAUCAAAAUGCACUUGACCGUGCGCAAAUAUAUAGACGGAAAACAAUGUGUUGAUGGUUUCCUAUGUAUCUGAGCGGAGAGAUGAAGUUCGGGAUUGAUUUGAUCAGAAUAAUGAAAUUAUAAUAUGAUAUCAAACAUUGAUUCAAGUAAUUAUAGAGAAAAUUAACCCAGUGGGUUUCUGCAGGCAGGGUUUCAGAAAAUGUGGUCCAAUUCACAAGAUGAGAUUGCGUUAUGAAGGACUUAAGUUUCAAUCAACAGAAUCGUAAGCUCAAAAGACACUGUUAAGCAAUUUAUUCGCGUCGUUAAGACUUUUAAAUUAUACAAUGUACCCCAAACGAUGCAUGUCUACUUUUUUAUUUGUUCAUGUUGCUAUUGUAAUAACUUCUCUCGUUCGGACCAGAUCGACUUUAGUUGUUGGAAAAAUAUUAUGGCUGUCACAAUAACCUUUUGUAAAUAUAUUUUUCUAAAUGUCGAGCGUGAAAAAACACACGUUUAGCCGAUCGAUCCUACUUACGAUGUUGUUGCUCUUGUUGUUAAUGAGUAGAGUAAUUUAUGGAGAAAAAGAUUGUAUAAUAUAAAUAGCAGAAAAAAAUAAUUAUUAUGUUCAGUGUAAGUUGCUGUGUAUCCUUGAGGUGGAAUGCAUUAUAACAAAGAUGAGUAAUUAUAUCUUAAAUUUUGCUGCCAUUAAUGGUGAAAUAUACACACUGCGCAAUUCAUUAAUUGAUAUCAAGAUGGAAUAAAUCGAUUAAUUCAAACAAAAAAAGAAUAAAUGUUGAAUAUAUACAAGGGAAAGAAUG